UGAACUUUUACCCGGAAGUGGUCAAACAGACGCUGAGAUGUGCCUUUACAAUUAUCAUUAUACUGAAGAGCUAACUUUUUGAACAUAAGAUGCGGUUAUAGAUUUAGAAGAUAUUAUCCCCAACGAAUGUGCAAUGUCAGAUCGCAAACGAAGCCGAGAGCAUCACGAGGACAGACAUGAACGAAAGAAACACAAGGAGUCAAAACAAGAUGACGACAAAUACAAGAACCAAACCAGAAAAUUGAUCCAAGAGGUGCAGAAACUCAAGCAUGUGGAGACUUUCUAUGAAAAUCCACCUCCUGGGUUCAUCAAGGAAGAUGAUGACAAACCAGAGGACUGUAUUCCUGAUGCCCCUGGUAAUGAGGACGCCAGGAGCUUCUUGGCUAAUGCUCCCACCAAAGGACUGUGGAUGCCUCUGGGAAAAGAGGUGAAGGUCAUGCAGUGCUGGAGAUGUAAGAGGUACGGCCACAGAACAGGAGACAGAGAAUGUCCCUUCUUCAUCAAAGGCAACCAGAAACUGGAGCAGUUCAGAGUAGCACAUGAGGAUCCAAUGUACGAUAUCAUUCGAGAAAACAAACGCAAUGAAAAAGAGACAAGGAUCGAGCAGUUGAAACAGCUGCUUCAAGACACCACCUCCGACUCUGACUCCACCUCGUCUUCCUCUGCCUCUUCUGAUCACAACCGGAAGAAGAAGAAGAAGAAAAAGGAGAAGAGGAAGAAAGAAAAGAAGAAACACAAGAAGAAAAAGAAGAAGCACAAGGCCAAGGCUAGUGAUGACUCAGACUCAGACUGAAACAGGGGCCAGUGGUCUUGGUGUCUCAGUGUUCAUGAAUAGAAUCUUAUAAGGUCUGCAAUAGUGUGUCAGCCUUAUCAAAUAUACACAGGAGGCUUCCCAUCAGUUCCCCAGGCCAUCUUCAGAUCUGCUUAAUAAUGCAUGGAUGCAUUAAAUCCCCUCUGUUGCAUGGAAUGCUUAAGAGAUGUACAUAUAUCCUAUAGCUGUUCCUUAGCAUGUUUGUUCUUACUGGACUGAAGUUUGAAGUGAACAGAGUUUCUGAAUGUAGGUUGAUUUACAUUUUGAGAAUGUGUCAUUGUGAAAACAACUGACGAGAGCUUAUGAUACAUGCCAUCUGCUGUCGUGAAGUGGCGUCUAUAAAUGUCAUGCAAAUAAAUCAAUGACUUUUCAGCAUUUACAGCUGCUUUUUAUGUUAAUCUGAUAUUUCCUAAAGCAUUUGAGCAUUUAUAGCAUCUUGCAACUCAAAUUACAAGUGUGAAUUCACAUCUAUUUCUAUUGAAGUGUUUAGGGCUUCUGCAUCUGGCUGUGGUACGUAAGCGCAGCCAAUUAGCACCUCUCGAAUGGGUGACAAUGGUUUGCACAUCAUUCACAUCACCAGAGAGGCAUAUUGAGAGGGGAAAAGAUGUUUUUCCUUUGAUCUCAUCACUCGUCGCUGAAAUCCGGAGUCCCAUGGUUGUCGUUGGAGUACAUGUGCCAUUUUGUGUCAAGAUAAAUAGUGCAUCACAUCAUCAAAGGAGCUUUUCAUAAUGCUGAUUCAAGUAGAGACUAUUUAAAUGUGUACUUUUAAAAAAAGACAAGAAAACAAUAAUGAAUUAUUAGUAAAUAUUCAUAUUAAUAAUAUAAACAUCAAAUCAACUUCAAAAUACAGUCUAUGACUAACUAUCAGGGCUUUAAUUAAUUUUCAGAUUAAGUCAUUAGUUUGCUCUCAUCUUCAGAAUGUGUUUGUACUGGUAAUAAAAGCUGGUUUCUCAUGUUUC